AUGCCUCUACAAGCAAAAGCCGAACCUAGUCUGGGGAGAAGUUGGGAAACCUUUGGUGACUUUAAGAUGCCUACAAAUGGAGUGACCAAUCAACUUCGUGGUCAUCAAGUUUCCCGUCCAGUGAAAGGAUACUUCAGUGCUCUUGUGAAAGCGGAUAGCCACCAGGAGUCAAGCAUCAUAUAUAGCAACAUGAGAUGCAUCACCAUGGCAACCGCAAGCAACGUAACUUUUGCACGCAACCAUGAUGACAACAUUGUUGAAAGGCCUUCCAAGAAACAAGCUGUUGAGGUUCAGGUUGAUAAGAAUGAUGUCAAGGAUGGCCUAUCGCUGCAAAUCCUGGCAAUUGUAGCUUUGAUGAACAUCAAUACCGUAUUUACGUGCAUGAGUACUCUGAAGGGUGCAAGCUUAUCGAGCGAUCAUCGAAGACGUCAUUACAUACGGCAAGAAGAUGCGUGUACAAGAUGCUUUCCACCAAUUUGA